CUUCAGGGACAGUACAUUACAAUGCCUGACAAAUCCUGGCCAGUUCUAUCAAAUUAUAUGUCUCUUACAGGUUUUUAAGCUAUCAGUCCCAUGAAGAUACAUUUAGUCAGCGAGAUAAUGGCAAGAUGAGUGUUUUUAGGUUAAAAUAAGAGCUGGAACUGUUGGCAGCAGAAUGGCGAUAUUCAAGACAGCUCGCACAAGAAGAGGCGGGUCCUACGCGCCUCGCUAGGGAAGCCCGGGUCAGCUCGCCGCGCAGGCGCAGUGAGUUCGACUCGCCAUGCCGACUGUCAGCGUGAAGCGUGAUCUGCUCUUCCAAGCCCUGGGCCGCACCUACACUGACGAAGAAUUUGACGAACUAUGUUUUGAAUUUGGUCUGGAACUUGAUGAAAUUACAUCUGAGAAGGAAAUAAUAAGUAAAGAACAAGGUAAUGUAAAGGCAGCAGGAGCCUCUGAUGUUGUUCUUUACAAAAUUGACGUCCCUGCCAAUAGAUAUGAUCUCCUGUGUCUGGAAGGAUUGGUUCGAGGACUUCAGGUCUUCAAAGAAAGGAUAAAGGCUCCAGUGUAUAAACGGGUAAUGCCUGAUGGAAAAAUCCAGAAAUUGAUUAUCACAGAAGAGACAGCUAAGAUACGUCCUUUUGCGGUAGCAGCAGUUCUCCGUAAUAUAAAGUUUACUAAAGAUCGAUACGAUAGCUUCAUUGAACUUCAGGAAAAAUUACAUCAGAAUAUUUGCAGGAAAAGAGCAUUGGUUGCUAUUGGCACCCAUGAUUUGGACACUUUGUCAGGCCCAUUUACUUAUACUGCAAAGCGUCCUUCAGAUAUUAAAUUCAAGCCUCUAAAUAAGACCAAGGAGUAUACAGCCUGUGAACUGAUGAACAUAUACAAGACUGAUAAUCACCUUAAACAUUAUUUACAUAUCAUUGAAAACAAACCCCUGUAUCCAGUUAUCUAUGAUAGCAAUGGUGUCGUCCUUUCAAUGCCUCCCAUCAUCAAUGGGGAUCAUUCCAGAAUAACAGUAAAUACUAGAAAUAUUUUUAUUGAAUGCACUGGAACUGACUUUACUAAGGCAAAAAUAGUUCUUGAUAUUAUUGUCACCAUGUUCAGUGAAUACUGUGAGAAUCAAUUUACGGUCGAAGCUGCUGAGGUGGUUUUUCCUAAUGGAAAAUCAUAUACCUUUCCAGAAUUAGCUUACCGAAAGGAGAUGGUGAGAGCUGACCUCAUUAACAAAAAAGUUGGAAUCAGAGAAACUCCAGAAAAUCUUGCCAAACUUCUGACAAGGAUGUAUUUAAAAUCAGAAGUCAUAGGUGACGGGAAUCAGAUUGAGAUUGAAAUCCCUCCAACCAGAGCUGACAUUAUCCAUGCAUGUGAUAUUGUAGAAGAUGCAGCUAUUGCUUAUGGAUAUAACAACAUUCAGAUGACUCUCCCGAAAACUUACACCAUAGCUAAUCAAUUUCCUCUUAAUAAGCUCACUGAACUUCUCAGAUAUGACAUGGCAGCUGCUGGCUUCACUGAAGUGCUUACCUUUGCCCUGUGCUCCCAAGAAGAUAUAGCUGAUAAACUCGGUCUGGAUAUCUCUGCAACAAAGGCGGUCCACAUAAGUAAUCCUAAAACAGCUGAAUUUCAGGUGGCACGCACUACCCUUCUUCCUGGCCUCCUGAAGACCAUAGCAGCAAAUCGUAAGAUGCCCCUUCCUCUGAAACUGUUUGAAAUCUCCGACAUUGUAAUAAAAGAUUCUAAUACAGAUGUAGGCGCAAAAAACUACCGGCAUCUCUGCGCUGUUUAUUACAACAAGAAUCCUGGGUUUGAGAUCAUUCAUGGGCUGCUGGACAGAAUUAUGCAGUUGCUCGAUGUGCCUCCUGGUGAAGACAAGGGAGGAUAUGUGAUCAAAGCAUCGGAAGGGCCUGCUUUCUUCCCUGGGCGAUGUGCAGAGAUCUUUGCCAGGGGUCAAAGUGUUGGGAAACUUGGGGUCCUUCAUCCUGACGUUAUCACCAAGUUUGAGCUGACGAUGCCCUGCUCCUCGCUAGAAAUCAAUAUUGGACCCUUUUUGUGAAGACUGGUCUCUGUGGUGUGAUUCUCUUCCCAAGUAUCCUUUUCUCCUCCCCUAGUGUCCUUUAGUCUUCCUCCACAGGGAACGUCUAUUUGGGCUUUAAUGUUUAAUAAAGUAGAAAGCACUGUCUGGCUGUGUGGGUAGAGACCACCCUUUCCCUGCAUUAGACCAGCUUGUGCCAUAUACGAAUGUGUCUGUGUGUGAAGCUGCAUUGUUGGGUAAAAGCCUUGUGGAGUGCCAGAGAAAUGCACUGGCAGAGUGCAGGAUCUGUUCUGAAAGGCAGAUGUGCUCCUUAGACAUCAGAGCAUCACAUUGGAGCGGAUUACGCCUGCAUAGCAAGAUCCCAUUUCUUUCUUUAUUGAUAAAACAAGAUAAUUGAUGAGAGUUCAUGUUGCGUGACUUUGAGAUAACUGAGGGGUUUAGCUUUGAUUUUCUACAUUUGACAUGUAUUCAUCAUUGAGAAACACUAAAAUAACAAUAUUUUUAGAAAACGUUGAAGAAUCAAUUAUGGUCCAACAAUUAUAGCUUCUGAGAUCAGUUUAAAGUGAAAGAAGAUUCUGUAAUACAAGGAUUCAAAAUUUGUGAGGGUGCACAGGUAUUUUUUACUGUAUCUGUGAUACUCUAAGAUGGAGUACAUGCAACGAAGAUCUGUUCUGCUGUAAGAGUUAAAAUGGACAAGUAUUGAUAUCAAGGCAGUAUGAACAUUAAGAAACAAUGAGAAGCUUAUUUUUGCCAUAGGCCAUACGUGUUACUGUAAUCAGUCAGUUAUAAAAUCAUGGUUUUAAAUACUUAAUUGAGCUACUAGUUUCUCUCUUAUAGGGAGAUAUUAGGCCUCUCUUUUUCUGAAGCUAAGCUUCAGCCAAUCCUCCUUAUUUUAUAUCCCAAUUUCCUUUCUUACUUCAAUCUAGAAUUCUCCAGUAGGUACUAUGUCUGAAAAAAAGCUGGGUCUAAUGUUUGAGAGAAGUUCCCAGGUACUAUUGAAGUAAUAAGAAAUAUGAUAAAAUAUAAUACUUUACAGUCCCAGUAGAAAUAGCUAACAAAGACUGGGUGCGCUGUGGCUCAUGCCUGUAAUCCUAGCACUUUGGGAGACUGAGGUGGGCAGAUCACUUGAGGCCAAUAGUUCGAGAUCAGCCUGACCAACAUGACAAAACGCCAUUUCUACUAAAAAUACAAAAAUUAGCCAGGCAUGGUGGUGUGGGCCUGCAGUCCCAGCUACUUGGGAGGCUGAGUCAGGAAAAUCUCUUGAACCGGGAGGUAGAUGUUACAGUGAGCUGAGAUUGUGCCACUGCCCUCUAGCCUGGGUGACAGAGUGAGAUUCUGUCUUAAAAAAAAAAAAAAAAAAAAAGAUAUAGCUAACAAAGAUAGUGAAAUAAGAAUUAUGUUUAUGGAUCUUUUGCUGAAUCUACUAGGAGAAAACCCCACCAUAUUACAACCUUGAAUUGGGGCAGUAGUGUCUAACUUGCAAGAUUUGUGAAUACACAGACUUCCAUCUGACCCUUCAUAGCUCUGUUGUGAGCAGAUCCUUACAACAUUUUCAAAAUGAAAUAUGCCCUCUAAAAAUAAUGCGUGCCAAAAGGACUUGUAUCCAGCAUGCAUAAGGAUUUCUUAAAACUUAAUAAUAAAAAUAAAACAACCGUUUUUUAAAAACGUGCAAGAGUUGAACAAACAUUUUCCCAAAGAAGAUAUAUGAAUGGCCAAUGAGCACUUGAAAAGAUCCUCAACGUCAUUAGUCAUCAGGGAAAUGCAAAUAAAAUCCACAAUGAUAAACUGCAUACCCAUUAAAAUGGCUAAAAUUUAAGACUCAUAAAUCAAAUAUUGCUGAGCCUGGAGCAAGUGGAACUUUUCACGCACUGCUGGUGAGUCACAAUGUAAAAUGUUACAUUGUGACUUUAGAAAAUAGCUUGGCAGUCUCUUGAAACAUACACCUACCAUCUAGCCAUUCUAUUCCUAGGUUUACCCAUAUGGCCAAAGAUUUUUAUGCAAGUGUUCACAGUGUUACUUACAGUAGUUACAAAUUGCAGUAUAUCCAUACUAUGGAAUACUUCUCAGCAAUAAGAAGGAAUGAACUACUGAUCCUCAAAACAACAUGAAUGAAUUUCAAAACAGUACACUAAGUGAAAGCAAGAGACACAAAAGACUGCUUAAUUCUAUUUACAUAAGAGUCUAAAAAAGUCAAAAGCAGGUUUGUUGGCAGGAGCUCAGGAAAGAGAACUGACUGCAGUGGGUUAAGAGGAAACUUGUUGGGUGAUGGAAAUUUUAUCUUAAUUGAGGUGGUACAUGUACUUCAGGUGUAGGUUAUACCUUCGUAAAGCUGGGAGAAAAAGAAUGUAAUGUAACAUGUAGUAUUUUACUAAUUUUAACUACGUAACACCAGUUGAUAAAUGCCUAGAGAAAUAGCCUGAACUGUAGAAUUGGCAGUUCUGUUCAAGAUGGCUCACUGGUCCACAACUAUUAAUGAUAUAUUCUCUCUUAGUUGCAGGUUCGCUCUAGUUAAAAUCAUGGCUUAGGGAUCAUCAUAUGAUAGCCAUGGUUGAAGUAGGUGGAACCAUUUGUUCUGUCAGCAGCUACCCACCUGGAUAUUUUUAGGGGUGGCCAAAAUUACUUGUAAUGAAAAACCCACUAAUACCUAAUUGUAUAUAAUUGUAUAUCCCAGCAUGAAAGGGGAAAGAUCAACUCCAUGCAUCAUGUAGACGUUUCUGCCCUUGGAAGCAGGAAA